AUGCAGAAUGUCUUGAGAUCUAUCCUGAGUCCAGGUAUAUCCGCUGUGAGAAUCAACUCUGACGUCAACCUCAUACGGCGUUGCCUUGACUACCGUGAGUGCAAGGGGGUUUCCGCAUUACGUCACUACGGCACAUGCGCACUAGUGGGUAGCAGUGGGAUCCUCCUAAACAGCAGCUGCGGUGACGACAUUGAUGCGAGUGACUUUGUCAUCAGAUUUAACCUAAGCCCUCAAGAAGGCUACACCAAGGACGUGGGGAAGAAGUCGUCCAUGAUGGUUCUGAACACUUUGAUGUCUCACAAGGCGUACGAUCUGUUCAACACCACGGGCGGGAACAGAGAGGCAAGACUGAGGGACAUGUUUAGAACUGCCGACAACGCAAUAUUGUUCUUUCCGGUAAGUAAGUCGAACAGAUUCUGGUGGAUGUACAGAGGCUUGGAGCAGAUCCUGAGAAGACAGGGACUGAAUGUUGUCGUCGUCAUGGGGGUCACGACCUUCGAACAUGGGCAUGACGAAAUCCGGCGCAAGAUCUGGGAGGUUCUAGACAAGCAGAACACCCGUGAGAUGCCUUCCACAGGUCUACUUCUGGUGGAAAUCGCAAUCACCUUCUGUGACCGCAUCCAAGUGUACGGCUUCUACCCGUUUGCCCGCGAUCAGCAAGACCACGCAAUCCCUUUCUACUAUUGGGACACCCCUGACAGUGAUUUAGGAGCAGGACACAUCCACAACUUUGCCGCAGAGUUUGAACUUCUUCGAAAACUCCACAGCAAUGGAGUCAUCGAACACAAAAUAGGUCAUUGUAAAUAACUUUAAGUAGCCAUCUGUAAUAGUAGUGUCUUUGGUAGAUGUUUCAAUUUGCAACUUUAGUCACGUUUUUAUGUUUACCGAAGGA